AUGAACCGCUUACUUAUAAUUUUAUAUACUCUACACUACACUUACUGUUUUGGACCUGGACUUUUCAAACUAUCGUCAAAUUCUUAUGAUGAAUGGAGUCCUUCACUGUCAGCACCCUCAUCCGCAUCCUCUUCGAUUGCCUCCGCCUCUUCUUCAUCUGUAUCGGGUUCAUCUGCUGUUCCAGCUGCUUUACCUUAUUCAGGUGAUACAAAUUCUUAUGCUUAUUGGAAUUGUCAUACAAUUCCACCAAAUAUGACACUAUGUAAAAGUGUCGGUUAUUCACGUAUGGUACUGCCAAACUUUUUACAACAUGAAUCACUUCGUGAAGCUAUCCAGCAGGCGAAUGUAUGGAUUGCUUUAGUCAAUACAGAUUGCCAUCCGGAUAUUCAAAGAUUUUUAUGCUCUUUGUAUGCACCAGUUUGUUUAAAAAGUCAUCAAGAAGCUAAAAUACCACCAUGUUGGGAAUUAUGUGAUCAAGUAAGAAAUGCUUGUUUGCCAAGAAUGAAAUUAUUUGGUUUUGAUUGGCCUGAUAUUGUACGCUGCCAGCAAUUUCCACGUUUAGCUGAAAGUAUGUGUAUACCCCCGCAGGAGAAGAGUACUGCUGUAACAUGUGUUCCGUGUGAACAAGCAAUAACCCUGGAAAAUAUUGCAAGCUCUUAUUGUAUGGCUGAUGUGGUUCUCAAAGCAUCUAUUAAAGACAUGGUAUUACAACCAAAUCAAGCCUCAAUUAUACUAAAUCUUACACCAAGAACUUUAGCCCUGAAACUGAUUCGUAAUGACGGUACACAGUUGAGUAGUAUUGAUCAAUAUCGUAGAAAAAGAAAUAGUCGACGAAGACGUUAUAAUAAUAACAAUAAUGAUGAUAGUGUGGAUGAUAAUAUUAAUAGCAAUCGAUACUACCAUCAUAUGCGAGUUGCUAGAGAUUUAAAAAUACCCACGCAUCGAAGAUCAUCAUCUCAAGAUCGAUAUCAAUCGAAAUAUCUAAUGAAAUCAAAGUCAAUCAAUUCAAUCAAUGAAGAAAGUGAAUGGAGACAAGAGCAACAACGAGAUAGUAGUAGUAAGUCAAGAGAGAAAAGACGUCGAAGACCGAGGAAUUCACGUCUUCACGACUUAGACGGCAUAACAGAAUUAGUUCUAGGCUGUUCAUCAUGUAAUCCACUGCUGCCAUUUACUAGUGGACGUAUGGUACAUUCAUUGCCGAAUCAAAAAUGGCUUGUUAUGGGUAGACGGAUUCAAGAUUCAGCUACGAAAAAGUAUACAAAUCAAUUACAGGUCACCUUCUUGGGUCUGUGGAAUAGAGAAUCAGCUGAAUUUCGACAAUCAUUGAAUGCGAUCCGUAAAGAACCUGUAGCUCACUUGUGUAAUAAAAAUCAAGCCAGUCUUUCGGUUGCUGUUCAACCACAAGCUAUCCAAUAUAAUCAUCCAGGAAGAACGUUGAAAAUAUUGCGUUCAGCUCCGUCGGAGUUAUCAGAUUCCCCGAAUUAUGAAAAUUCUGAUAGCAGGAUGAACAAUAAUAAUUUGUAUAGACCAGCGAAGUCAAAUAAGAAGCACCCAACUGCUUCAGCGUCAAACUAUGAUGCCCGGAGUAAUUCUCAAGGCAUUGCGAAUAGUCCGUACCAUCGUCAACCGAAAACUCUGAUUACACAGACUCCUUAUGAUGGUGACAAUAAUAAUGAUGAUAUUGAUGAGGAUAGCGAUAAUUUUUAUAAACCGGGUCGCUCUACCUACCAAAAUGCUUCAUACAGAGCGAAUUCGGAGAGAAAUACACACGUCAAAACGUCAAAUGAAGCACAAAACACCUAUCUCAAAGAAAUUAAUCAACUACAAAGACAAAAUUCACGUAAAUUUAAACGUCGUGAACGUAAAAGAAAACGAAAAGUAGAACAGGGUAAAAGGAUCAAUGAACCUGUCUCGCAAAAUCAAUAUGCUGCCAACUCAUAUUCACAUCAGUUACCGAUAAAUCCUUAUGCCGACUGA